AUGAUUCCUUCUAUAAACCCACUUCAUUGCUUCCGCCAUCAGUUUCCCCUAUCAAAUGCUUUAUCUCCCACUCUACCGAAUUUGUUGCGUCUUCGGCGAUGUGGAUUAUCCGGCGGAAAUCGCCGUCGUGUGGUCACCAUGGCCGGCGGAACCGAUCACUACUCGACUUUGAAUGUCAAUCGCAACGCCACCUUGCAGGAGAUCAAGAGCGCGUACAGAAAACUCGCUCGCAAGUGUCAUCCAGAUAUGAACAAGAACCCUGGCGCAGAAGACAAGUUCAAACAGAUUAGUGCUGCUUACGAGGUAUUAUCUGAUGAGGAGAAGAGGUCUGUGUAUGAUCGAUUUGGGGAAGCUGGUUUAGAAGGAGGCUUUAAUGGAUCACAGGAUACUUCACAAGGGGUCGAUCCAUUUGACUUAUAUAGUGCAUUCUUUGGUGGUUCUGAUGGAUUCUUUUGGGGAAUGGGUCAAUCAGGAGGGAUGGGUUUUGAUUUCAUGAAUAAGAGAAGCCUAGACCUUGACAUUCGGUAUGACCUGCGGUUGAGCUUUGAAGAGUCGGUUUUUGGAGUAAAACGGGAAAUCGAGGUUUCUUAUUUAGAAACGUGUGAUGGUUGUGGAGGAACAGGCGCUAAAUCCAGUAAUGCCGUUAAACAGUGUAGCAGUUGUGGUGGCAAAGGACGUGUGAUGGAAAGUCAGAGAACACCCUUUGGGAUCAUGUCUCAGGUUUCCACUUGCUCCAAAUGUGGUGGUGAUGGCAAAAUCAUCACUGAUAAGUGUCGAAACUGCACUGGCAACGGGAGACUACAGUCUAGGAAAAAAUUGGAUGUUGUUGUUCCUCCUGGUGUCAGCGAUAGAGCCACAAUGAGGAUUCAAGGAGAAGGUAAUGUGGACAAGAGAAGUGGACGAGCCGGUGAUCUGUUCAUCGUGCUUCAAGUUGAUGAGAAGCGUGGAAUUCAGAGAGAAGGCCUUAAUCUAUACUCCAAAGUCAGCAUCGAUUUCACCGAUGCAAUACUCGGGGCCGUCACAAAGGUGGAAACGGUUGAAGGAACAAUGGAUCUUCGGAUUCCACCAGGAACUCAGCCUGGUGACACUGUGAAAUUACGUCGGAAAGGAGUUCCAGACACGGAUAGACCAUCAAUCCGAGGAGACCAUUGCUUUGUAGUGAAGGUUUCAAUCCCCAAAAACCUUAGCGAGAGGGAGCGCAAGUUGGUAGAGGAAUUCUCGUCACUUAGAAGAUCUAGCAGCAGUAAUACCGAAACUCGUCAAGAGAAGCACAGCUUUGGCUCAGAGCCGAGAAAAGAACCUUCUUUGUGGCAUAAAAUGAAGAGUUUCAUAAGACCAGAAGAUUCAAGAACAAAGUUUGGGACUAUGAGCUUGAACUUAUCAUUGCCACUACGAAGAGUGAAAGAAGCUGAAACUUCUGCAAUUCUUCUCUCGUUUUUGGCUCUGUGCGUUAUAACCUCGGCCGUUGCAUUGAUUCAGAAGAAGGAUAAGUAA